CCCCUCGCUGCCCCACAGGGGACGACACGGCGCGUGCGAGGAGCAGGCCACGCCGAAGUGGGGGCGUGGGUCCGUCUGGUAGUUCAUCUUUUGGCCACCAGACGGCAGCAGAGACAAAGAAUCCGAAUCCUGCUACGUUUGAUAACCUGAGAAGCUCCCGGGUGAUACCCUGGGUCAAGAGACCUGAGACAGUACCAGCAUGGUUCCGACGGGACAUCUGCACCAAAGUAGCCAUGAAAAUGGGAAUCAAAUGGCGAUCAUUUGAAGACGUCCUCCAUUUCCUCCACCCCCAUUUCCCACUUCCGCUGUUUGACCUAAGAACUUUUCACACCCGUCGUCCUCUUCACCGACUCUGCUCAAAUCAGUCCCGCCGAGGUUCGGCAAAUUUCCAGGUGGUCUGCGGCCCUGUGACCCACCCGAAAAGAUCCGGCCCUGCAUCAUGCUGACCACCCCAAGAGAAAUAUGUGAUUCCCAGCCGCCAAUCAACCACUCCCCCCACAACCCCCACCUAACAACCCUCCCAUCGCCACCUAGUGGGAAAAGGUGGUACUACGUCAUGGGCCAUCAAUGACACUGCGCAUGAACACUGAAAGCGGGCGGGGACGACGGACCCUGGUGGGCUUUGCCGCAUCACUGAUGAUGGGUGAUGCCGCCCACGCGACGUGACUUCGUCAUCAUGGCUUCCUGUCAUGAAGCCGAGAGCGCCACCUAGAGGGUGGACAUGUAGGUCUUCCAAAACCUGAAAUGAGGCGCUGGCACUGCAAUCCUUUUUAUGUCCACCCAAGAUUGAGCACAUACUGCCAAUAAAAAAUACAACAAUAAACUUACACAUGAUUGAUAACAAACAGCGGGAAGUCAUAAAGCUGAACUCCUCUUCGGCGUCUUUAAGAGCUGACACAUUGUCACGUCUCAAAUCUUCAGGAAGGAAUAAAAUGGGAUCCUACUGUGUUCUUGUGUUAGCGCUUUGUGCGGCACAAAUAUUGUGCGUCACCAUCGACUCGGUGCCCAACGCGGACGGCGAGGGAGUCAUCCUGACCGAACUGGAGCGAACCGUUUCGCUGGUGUGUUCCAGCAACCGAUCCGAGGAGGACGGAGCGGAACUGGUGUGGCUGAGGAACGGCGCCACGGUGAUUCUCCGCCAAGGAAACCGCAAGGGACAAAGUGCCGUGUGCAUCAUGCCAGUCAUCCACCAGGACAACGGCGCCACCUUCACCUGCCGCCUGAGCAGCAACGCCAGCGUUGAGGCCUCCGUCACACUCAAUGUCACAUAUGCGCCCAUACUGUCUGGUUCCGAGGGCGUAUUAGUGGAGGAUGCCUCAUCGCUGGUGCUGAGCUGUGACAUUUUCGCCAACCCGCCCAUCUCCUCGGUGCGGUGGACCCUUAACGGCAGCGCUAUCGACAUACUCGCCGGGGGCUUCACCCUGACCAACGACGGCUUCACGAGCCGGCUAUCCGCCGACAAGGCGGAGAAGAGUAAGCAUGAGGGCCUCUACCGCUGCACGGUGGACUCGCCCGUCUACGGAAUCAAGAGCAAGGACUUCCUGGUUACUGUCACAGAAAAGACCGUCAAGUUUCCACUGAUGCCCAUCAUUGCCGGCGUGGUUGUGGUGUGCCUUACGGUGAUCCUCGCCAUUGUUUCACGCUGGAAGAAAAUCAUCAAGUGCUGCAAGUGAAGGAUCGUCUGCGGUCGGUUAGCUUAGCGCUAAGACUAAGAGAACCAGCCAUUUAACCAAGUGAUUUUGUAGCUCUCCACUUGGCUGCUCGUUUCCAUGACAACAGGAAGGAGCCCUUGCCCUUAAUUAGCUUUGCGUGAAGCUAAGGCUAAGAUACCCGACAAAUUAAACGACUCCUGAUGUAGCCCUCUGUGAGGAUGCCUGAAGCUGUUGUGUAAUGUGUUAUUAUAUAUAAAUUUGUAUUGUAAUUUAUUGUAUUAACCCGCAAAGUAAAGAGUCCUUUGGUAGCACUCCACGAGGAUGCCUUUUUAUUCUAAAUUAUAACUCAACGAGACUGCCAACGAGUAAACAUAAAGCUAACGCAGUACUUUUGACUUGUUACUAAAAUGCUUACGCUUAACAAACAUGUUUAUUUAUUUUGGUUGAUUCAUGUGGGGAGUCUAUUAUUUUACCAAAUUGGGAGGAAGAUUAUUUCUCAUUGCACAUUCCUAUCUUUGCGUCCAAGACAUUAAGUGGAUUUGUAAUGUCUUCUUUCACUGUUAAAUUUCAAAGCCUGAACUUUAACUCCCUACUGAAUGACACUGACUCAUUAAAAUGGUGUUAUACAUUUA